AUGGUAGUUUGUUCCUCGUCGCUGCCGAAACUCAGUACCCAAGACGAAGACGGCUGUGGUCCAGGGGCAAAUCUUGGCACAGGCCUCACACACGGUCAUCCUCAACACUGUUCGGGGAGCGCGACAUUCGAACCGAUACCGCACGACCACGACUUCUGCGAAAGAGUUACAAUCAACGUGAGCGGUAUGAGGUUCGAGACGCAGCUGCGGACGUUGAACCAGUUCCCGGAUACUCUGCUGGGCGACCCGUGUCGGAGGAUGCGGUACUUCGAUCCGCUGCGCAACGAGUACUUCUUCGACAGGAACCGGCCGACGUUCGACGCCAUACUCUACUAUUACCAGAGCGGCGGCCGGCUGAGGAGGCCAACUACGGUGCCGUUGGACGUGUUCUCCGAGGAGAUAAAGUUCUACGAACUUGGCGAACUGGCCACCAAUAAAUUUAGGGAAGAAGAGGGUUUUAUAAAAGAAGAAGAGAAACCACUGCCAAAGCCCGAGUUCCAGCGGAAGGUGUGGCUGCUGUUCGAGUACCCGGAGAGCUCUCAAGCCGCCCGGGUGGUGGCCAUCAUAUCCGUGUUCGUCAUACUGCUGUCCAUCGUUAUAUUCUGCCUGGAAACGUUGCCAGAGUUCAAACACUACAAGGUGUUCAACACGACGACCAACGGUACGAAGAUCGAGGAGGACGAGGUGCCCGACAUCACCGACCCGUUCUUCUUGAUCGAGACCAUUUGUAUCGUGUGGUUCACGUUCGAGCUGUCCGUCCGCUUUCUCGCCUGCCCCAACAAGUUGCACUUCUUCAAGGACGUGAUGAAUACGAUCGACAUAAUCGCUAUAAUACCGUACUUCAUCACGUUAGCCACGGUAAUUGCCGAGGAGGAGGACCCCACGAUGAACCUGCCCAAGGCGCCGCAGAACCCGCAGGACAAGAGCACCAACCAGGCCAUGUCACUGGCCAUACUCAGGGUCAUCCGGCUCGUGAGGGUUUUCAGGAUAUUCAAACUGUCCCGACAUUCCAAGGGAUUGCAAAUUCUCGGGCGCACCCUGAAAGCCUCAAUGCGAGAACUGGGAUUGCUCAUAUUUUUCUUGUUUAUCGGUGUGGUGCUAUUCUCGAGCGCGGUGUACUUCGCCGAAGCCGGCUCAGAGAAUUCCUUCUUCAAGUCCAUCCCGGACGCAUUCUGGUGGGCUGUUGUUACCAUGACGACUGUGGGCUAUGGUGACAUGACACCAGUGGGCGUGUGGGGGAAAAUUGUCGGUUCGCUGUGUGCGAUUGCCGGCGUGCUCACAAUCGCACUGCCCGUGCCCGUCAUCGUGUCCAACUUCAACUAUUUCUAUCACAGAGAGACUGACCAAGAAGACAUGCAAUCGCAGAACUUCAACCACGUCACCAGCUGUCCUUAUCUUCCCGGUACUUUAGGUCAACACAUGGUGAAAUAUCCAUCGGGCGGCGACUCGACGUCGGACCUGAUGGACUUGGAGUCGGCCGACAAUUGUCUGCUGGACGCGGAGCUGGACGAACCGCCACUGUCGUUGCCGCCGCCGCAGCAACCCAAAAAGUUCAACAGCUGCGCCACCGUGGUCAGGCUCAACAACAACAGCAUCAAGAGGUUCAGUGUCGAAACUGACGUCUGA